AGUAAUAAAACACAACUUAUCAUCCAUUUUCUGUAUUUUGUAUUUUCUAUUUACAAUUUUAUACUGAACCUUUAUGCUUUAUUGUGAGAGUAUUGUGCAAUUAUGUACAAUUUAUUGUAUACAAACCUUCAAAUAUUGAUAACAGUGGAAAAUGUCUUAAUUUAAAUUGUGUAACUUAUAAAGUCAGUUUAUAGGUUAUGAUCCCAUUUGAUUUACAAGUUCUGAUAAAAUGUAUUUACUUUUAUUACAUAGUUAAGGAAGGCCAUGUUUGAGGAUUUACCCAAAAUACUGCCAAGGUUUGACGGACAGCUUCUUAGUAUUAGAAAAGAGUCUUUAAUAGCCAAACUGACCUUAUAGUAAUGUAUGUUUUAAAGAAAUGGAUGAAAAGAACAAUGAACCAAAUAACAGAAAACAAGACAUAAAAUCUAAUACUUCAGUGAGUUUUUCAAGAGAAUACAAUGAAAUUAACAUCACACCUGAAGAGUAUGAAACCAAUGAGGACGACAUUCAGAUAUCCCUGGCCCCAUACAUCCAGGUGUAUCUGGCACAGAGUAGCCAGAGGGUCAAGUGUUGUGGGCUCUCGUUUCCUAUCCCGUUUGAACGUGCCGCAAGCAGAUCGUGGUGGGAUCCGAGAUUCGACUCAGAGAUUUUGGAAGGGCAGUACAAGCUCAGUGCUUUUCCACAAAUUAGGCUUAGGUUCAGGUACUCAUUGCUGUACGUCUUCGUUGUUUCGCUGUUCUGGUGUAUAUAUUUGACGAUCAAAGCUGUCCAUAGCGAAGGCAAAGAUGAAUCAUUCACUGUCGCCCUUAUCUUCGGAUCAUUUUCUAUCUUCACUCUGUUCAUUCUCCUCUUCACAAGAUCGAGCCUGUACGCGAGGUUCCAUCUUCCGGUGUCCAUCAUGACAGCAAUUGUCAUGUUCGCCCUCUCCCUCAUGUCAGUUGGCACUAUUUCAGUCCUCACACCGGUGGGCGAUUUCUCGCUAUGUAUAGAAAUAUUAAUGAUCAUUUAUACCGUAAUUCCUCUGCCCCUUUACAUAUGUGUUAUGCUCGGUAUCGCGUACUCUGUUCUGUUUGAAUUGUUCAUUUCCUCCAUAUUUCCAAUGCCACUGAGAGUUCUCUGUCACAUAUGCGUACACUUGAUCGGCAUACACAUACUGGUCAUGACACACGUCCGCAUGCGUGGAACUUUCAUGAAAGUCGGCCAGUCUCUGCUUGUCCGUAGACAGUUGGAACUGGAAAAACAGUUGAAGGAGAAAAUGAUCCAUUCGGUGAUGCCUCCUAAAGUGGCGGACUGGUUGAUGUCGGAAGGUGCAACGGGUGGGAAAGAAGAUGAAGUUCAUAGUCUUGAAGAAGGAGAUAUCAGAUCAAUCUUUCGCCCGUUCAACAUGCACAGAAUGGAGAACGUGAGCAUUCUGUUUGCGGAUAUUGUCGGGUUCACCAAGAUGAGCUCUACGAAGACAGCAGAACAGCUGGUGGCCAUACUGAACGAUCUGUUUGAGAGGUUUGACGAGCUUUGCACAGCGAAUGGUUGUGAGAAGAUAUCAACACUGGGAGACUGCUACUAUUGUGUAUCCGGCUGUCCCGAGCCGAGGCCUGAUCAUGCGGAGUGUUGUGUGCAGAUGGGACUGGGUAUGAUUUCCGCAAUCGCCGAGUUUGAGAAAGAGAGCAGAGAAGGGGUGAACAUGCGAGUUGGGGUGCACACAGGGACAGUGCUCUGUGGAAUUGUGGGCACCAAGAGAGUCAAGUUCGACGUGUGGUCUAACGAUGUGACACUGGCCAACAAAAUGGAGUCCACUGGAAAGCCGGGGAUGGUCCAUCUCUCGGAGAAGACCAAGGAGUUUCUCAAUGACCAGUACAUUCUGGAAGAGGGGGAUCUCUACCAAGGAUUGAAGACAUAUUUUGUGAAAGGACGUAAAAUUGACACGGACCUAUCCAAGAGUAGCUUGACAGUGCCUUCUUACCAGACCAACCACUCCUCCCCGUCCAGCCCUGCUAGGCGAUCUUCUAUUUCCCUAGCACCCACCGCCAUCUCAAUCCAUAUCAACCAGACUGCAGCUCUGGAGGAAGUCUUGAACAGCUCCCAGAGCCUCUCCCUCCGAACCCCAUCUCCCGAGAGUGAACAGUACAACUCCUUCAGCUUCUCCCCACCUCCUCAGAGCCCUGUCGAUAGGAACAGUCUGUCCCCACCGUCGGAGAUCAUCACCAUCCCCUCCCCCACCAUGCCCUCCUCACGCUCACGUUCCCCCAUCCACCGUGUGCUCCAGAUAUCCAGUUCCUGGAAGACAGCGUCCCUCCCCAGCAUUCUCGACACGGAAGGAAGUGAUCACCCGGACGUAGUACCCAAUAAGGAAGAGUACUCGGUGGACAACAGAAGCUCUGUAUCAUUGUCUAAGAAGCGAACAAGCCCUAAAUGGGUUUACAAGAAGAUUCCGACCAGUCCACCAGAUGGGCAAGAUGUCACUCAAGAACUACUGGGACCACAACACCCAAUUGACAUGAUUCCAACUGUUAUGCUUAAAGAUGACCAGAAGAGUGUCUGUCCCUCAAUGAACAGUAGGAAGGAUUCUGGCAUUCGUAGCAACAGCAGGAAGAGUAGCAUCCAACAUCCGUUUAAUCCAACCAACGGGUCAACACCAAACGAUCUCCUUGGCCACAGGGUCAGUGGUUACUACACAUCUAGUCAGUCGUCUAUGAACAAUGAAGAAGCAGUGAAAAACAAGCUGCUGAUGACCUCUGCAGGGGAUCACUACGGCGUCUCUUUCCAGAAACUGAGGAAACAAUCAGAUCUCCAGCUGAUCAGAUGUGUCCAGGACAAUAGUCUAUCUCAGCGCAGUUACUUCGUCAAGCCACCACUGCACAGCGUCAGUCUGUUUUUCCGACAGAAGGACAUGGAGCGAGAGUACAGGCGCAAGGCUCACCGCAGCUGUAAGGAGGAGGCGUCCACUCUCGCUACCGCUCGUUUCAACACGCAUUUGGACAUCGCAGUUGCUAUCUUGCUGGCCCGCGACAAGGCUAAGGUACAAAUGAUGAAGGACCAGGCAGAACUGUUGCUACACAACAUCAUACCCCAAGCAUGUGGCGGAACACCUCAAGACCACAGCCAA